AUUUGGCGAAGACCUCCGCUUUAAGUUAAAGACGGCUACGGGCGCGGACCCAGACCUCGCGACAAUCAUAGAAGCCAUCCGGGAAAAUAAAGUUCCGGCAUCAAACUCACCGACGGUAGAACAUUACAAGAAGCGUUGGGACUGUCUGUCAAUCGUUGACAACACUUUAUUGCUAGGAGACAGGGUAGUCAUACCUCAAAGUAUGCAGUCCAGCAUCCUUUCAUCCCUCCAUAAGGGUCACCCAGGGAUCAGACGAAUGAAGCAGCUAGCACGCGAGUACGUAUACUGGCCAAAACUCUCCGAAGAUAUCGAACGCCUCGUGAAACGAUGCGACCCUUGUUCACUGACAAGGAAAUUACCAAUCAAGGUCCCUAUCAGCCCGUGGCCAAUCCCUUCUAAACCUCUCGAACGCCUACAUGUGGACUACGCGGGACCAAUCGACGGCCAAUACAUACUUGUUUUCGUUGACGCAUACUCAAAGUUCAUCGACGUAGCAAUCACGCCCACCAUAUCGGCUAUCCGCACGGUCGAACUAUGCCGAGAGACCUUUUCCAG